GACACCCACCGAACCCAAAAACAUUUCCAAAAUCGAGCUCUCAUUUCUUCGAAGAUGGCGGCCGCUGCAGCAUUCUCUACACUUUCCCCUUUCAAACUUUCAUCCCCAAUCGAAACCCCUAAUUUCCCCUCUCUCUCCUCCUCCUUCAAACUCACCUCCUCCGCCGCCGCCGCCGCCGCCGCUAAUUCUCCAACUCACCCCUUCGGACCUCUCAAAUUCAAUCGCAUCGCUCGAUUCGCGACCGCCGCACCUUCCGCCGCCUCCUCCUCAGCCACCUCCGCCACCACUUUCCACGGCCUCUGCUAUGUCGUCGGAGACAACAUCGACACCGACCAAAUCAUCCCCGCCGAGUACCUAACCCUCGUCCCCUCGAACCCCGACGAGUACGAAAAGCUCGGCUCCUACGCCCUAAUCGGACUCCCCUCCUCCUACACCAAUCGAUUCGUCGAAUCCGGCGCGACCAAAACGAAGUACUCCAUCCUCAUCGGCGGCGACAACUUCGGCUGCGGCUCCUCCCGUGAGCACGCGCCGGUGGCCCUGGGCGCCGCCGGCGUGGCGGCUGUGGUGGCGGAGUCGUACGCGCGGAUUUUCUUCAGGAAUUCGGUGGCCACCGGAGAGGUCUAUCCACUGGAGUCGGAGGGGAGGUUGUGCGACGAGUGCAGUACUGGGGAUGUCGUAACUAUUGAGCUCGGUGAGAGUGAUUGUAAGCUGAUUAAUCACACUACGGGCAAAGAGUAUGGCUUGAAGCCGAUCGGAGACGCGGGUCCUGUCAUCGAGGCUGGAGGCAUUUUCGCUUAUGCACGAAAGGCUGGAAUGAUUCCUUCUCGAGAUGCCUAGAUAUUGGUUGCUCUUUUGCAGUGUCUCUUCGGUUAUCCAUCAUUCACAUUCCGGUCUUGUAAUGCUAUUAAGGAUCUUUAUUUAUUUGUUUACGUUCAAAACGUUGAAACAAUAAAAACUCGUUGAAAACAGAAUACGCAAACGGCUUUGUUCGUUUGUAGUUUGUACUAUCAUUUUCUAAAUCUAUUUUUCUUUGUUUAAUUGUU